GACCAUCCCCAGACACAGUGAUGGAGAGGAUCCAUCAGGUGAGUCGCACACUAGAGGAAUACGCCAUCUGCCUUGACCUCCACAUCGACCUGUCCUGCCUUGGCCGUCAUGACUUUGACUUGGAGAACAAGUUUAAGCCCUUCAGAGUUGAGAUUGUGGAUUCAGUCGAGAUCUAUCUAAACAUGCUGCGAGGAAUUUUUGACUUUGGUGCCAUCAAGAGCUUGCUGACAGGUCCAAAACAGCUGAAGAUUCGAAUAGAUGCCAUGAAUGGAGGUCAACUCCUGUAA